AUGAAUCUAAGAGCAAGUGUGUUAACGACCGUGUGGGUCCUAGUUGCUGUAACUGCAGUCGACGCAUCACCUGUAGGUGACUGUCCGCCAGUAGAUGCGCUGGAUCACACAGACCAUCUACCAGACAGCAAAAACUGUUCACUUUUCUACAAAUGUGAUCACGCCGCACCUGUAUUGUUUAUAUGUCCUGAUGGUCUCCACUUCAACCCUGUGCUGGAAGUAUGUGACUGGCCAGACCGUGCAGGCUGUUCAGGUGCAUCACCAUCAACUGUAGCACCAAGCUCAUCCUCAGCUGCUCCCACAAGUGCUGCCACUACAGCAGCUCCAACUGCAGCACCAAGCUCAACAGACAAUCCAACAUCUGCUCCAUCAGGAGACUGUCCAGCAGUCGGCACCUGCCCACAAUAUGAAGAUGAGAACUCUAUUGCUAAGCACCUUCCCCAUGCCACAAACUGCAGCCAAUUCUGUAAAUGUGACCAUGGAAAACCUGUCACAUUCGACUGUCCUGCUGGACUCCACUUCAACCCUACACUGGAAGUAUGUGACUGGCCAGACCAGGCGGGCUGUUCAGGUGGAUCAGCAUCAACUGCUGCUCCCAGCUCUUCCACAGCUGCUCCUACAAGUGCUGCCACUACAUCAGCUCCAACGGCAGCACCAAGCUCAUCCACAGCUGCUCCUACAAGUGCUGCCACUACAGCAGCUCCAACAGCAGCACCAAGCUCAACAGCCAAUCCGACACCUGCUCCAUCAGGAGACUGCCCAGCAGUCGGUACCUGCCCACAAUAUGAAGAUGAGAACUCUAUUGCUAAACACCUCCCCCAUGCCACAAACUGCAGCCAGUUCUGUAAAUGUGACCACGGAAAACCUGUCACAUUCGACUGUCCUGCUGGACUCCACUUCAACCCUACACUGGAAGUAUGUGACUGGCCAGACCAGGCGGGCUGUUCAGGUGGAUCAGCAUCAACUGCUGCUCCCAGCUCUUCCACAGCUGCUCCUACAAGUGCUGCCACUACAUCAGCUCCAACGGCAGCACCAAGCUCAUCCACAGCUGCUCCUACAAGUGCUGCCACUACAGCAGCUCCAACAGCAGCACCAAGCUCAACAGCCAAUCCGACACCUGCUCCAUCAGGAGACUGCCCAGCAGUCGGUACCUGCCCACAAUAUGAAGAUGAGAACUCUAUUGCUAAACACCUCCCCCAUGCCACAAACUGCAGCCAGUUCUGUAAAUGUGACCACGGAAAACCUGUCACAUUCGACUGUCCUGCUGGACUCCACUUCAACCCUACACUGGAAGUAUGUGACUGGCCAGACCAGGCGGGCUGUUCAGGUGGAUCAGCAUCAACUGCUGCUCCCAGCUCUUCCACAGCUGCUCCCACAAGUGCUGCCACUACAUCAGCUCCAACGGCAGCACCAAGCUCAUCCACAGCUGCUCCUACAAGUGCUGCCACUACAGCAGCUCCAACAGCAGCACCAAGCUCAACAGCCAAUCCGACACCUGCUCCAUCAGGAGACUGCCCAGCAGUCGGUACCUGCCCACAAUAUGAAGAUGAGAACUCUAUUGCUAAACACCUCCCACAUGCCACAAACUGCAGCCAGUUCUGUAAAUGUGACCACGGAAAACCUGUCACAUUCGACUGUCCUGCUGGACUCCACUUCAACCCUACACUGGAAGUAUGUGACUGGCCAGACCAAGCAGGCUGUUCUGGUGGAUCAGCGUCAACUGCAGCUCCCAGUUCAUCCACAGCUGCUCCCACAAGUGCAGCCACUACAGCAGCUCCAACUGCAGCACCAAGCUCAUCAACAGCAGCUCCUACUGCAGCACCAAGCUCAUCAACAGCAGCUCCUACAAGUGCUGCCACUACACCAGCUCCAACGGCAGCACCAAGCUCAUCCACAGCUGCUCCUACAAGUGCUGCCACUACAGCAGCUCCAACAGCAGCACCAAGCUCAACAGCCAAUCCGACACCUGCUCCAUCAGGAGACUGCCCAGCAGUCGGCACCUGCCCACAAUAUGAAGAUGAGAACUCUAUUGCUAAACACCUCCCCCAUGCCACAAACUGCAGCCAGUUCUGUAAAUGUGAUCACGGAAAACCUGUCACAUUCGACUGUCCUGCUGGACUCCACUUCAACCCUACGCUAGAGGUAUGUGACUGGCCAGACCAAGCAGGCUGUUCUGGUGGAUCAGCGUCAACUGCAGCUCCCAGUUCAUCCACAGCUGCUCCCACAAGUGCAGCCACUACAGCAGCUCCAACUGCAGCACCAAGCUCAUCAACAGCAGCUCCUACUGCAGCACCAAGCUCAUCAACAGCAGCUCCUACAAGUGCUGCCACUACACCAGCUCCAACGGCAGCACCAAGCUCAUCCACAGCUGCUCCCACAAGUGCUGCCACCACAGCAGCUCCAACAGCAGCACCAAGCUCAACAGCCAAUCCGACACCUGCUCCAUCAGGAGACUGCCCAGCAGUCGGCACCUGCCCACAAUAUGAAGAUGAGAACUCUAUUGCUAAACACCUCCCCCAUGCCACAAACUGCAGCCAGUUCUGUAAAUGUGAUCAUGGAAAACCUGUCACAUUCGACUGUCCUGCUGGACUCCACUUCAACCCUACACUGGAAGUAUGUGACUGGCCAGACCAGGCGGGCUGUUCAGGUGGAUCAGCGUCAACUGCAGCUCCCAGUUCAUCCACAGCUGCUCCCACAAGUGCAGCCACUACAGCAGCUCCAACUGCAGCACCAAGCUCAUCAACAGCAGCUCCUACAAGUGCUGCCACUACAGCAGCUCCAACAGCAGCACCAAGCUCAACAGCCAAUCCGACACCUGCUCCAUCAGGAGACUGCCCAGCAGUCGGCACCUGCCCACAAUAUGAAGAUGAGAACUCUAUUGCUAAACACCUCCCCCAUGCCACAAACUGCAGCCAGUUCUGUAAAUGUGAUCAUGGAAAACCUGUCACAUUCGACUGUCCUGCUGGACUCCACUUCAACCCUACACUGGAAGUAUGUGACUGGCCAGACCAGGCGGGCUGUUCAGGUGGAUCAGCGUCAACUGCAGCUCCCAGUUCAUCCACAGCUGCUCCCACAAGUGCAGCCACUACAGCAGCUCCAACUGCAGCACCAAGCUCAUCAACAGCAGCUCCUACAAGUGCUGCCACUACACCAGCUCCAACGGCAGCACCAAGCUCAUCCACAGCUGCUCCCACAAGUGCUGCCACUACAGCAGCUCCAACAGCAGCACCAAGCUCAACAGCCAAUCCGACACCCGCUCCAUCAGGAGACUGCCCAGCAGUCGGCACCUGCCCACAAUAUGAAGAUGAGAACUCUAUUGCUAAGCACCUCCCCCAUGCCACAAACUGCAGCCAAUUCUGUAAAUGUGAUCAUGGAAAACCUGUCACAUUCGACUGUCCUGCUGGACUCCAUUUCAACCCUACACUAGAAGUAUGUGACUGGCCAGACCAGGCGGGCUGUUCGGGUGGAUCAGCGUCAACUGCAGCUCCCAGUUCAUCCACAGCUGUUCCCACAAGUGCAGCCACUACAGCAGCUCCAACUAACUCUAUUGCUAAGCACCUUCCCCAUUCAUCUGACUGCACCAAGUUCUGCAAAUGUGACCAUGGUACACCUGUUACAUUUGACUGCCCUGCUGGGCUCCAUUUCAACCCUACACUGGAAGUAUGUGACUGGCCAUACCGUGCUGGCUGUGUAAAUAGUUCAGCUUAA